CUCCCGCUUCUCAGGGUUUGGUUUGAACGCCGUCCUCAGCGCUUCUCGUGCUGGGGAUUGAAACCAGGGCCUUGUGCAUGAGAGAACCGAAGAAACAAAAGCUCUGGGUUGAAGGGAUUGACCUGUGAAAGGACAUGUAAACAUACAGUAUUUAAAGAAUCUUACCAAGUUAUUGAGGGUCUCAGUUGCUCAGGCUGGCUUUGAAUUGGGAUCCUUCUGCCUCAGUCUCCAGAGUUGCUGGAAUUACAGGUUCCUGAUAUUCAAAAACAACAUUUUUAUUCCACUGCUACCAUAUCACACCAGUCAUGAGUUGGAAUGCAAAGCCAGAAGGUGAUAUGUUACCACCACCACCACCACCACCACCACCACCAUAUAAUAAAAGCCAGUCAUCUGUUCUGCACCAGUUUUUUAUAAACCAGCUUACCACAACAUCUCCAAGUUCUUUCAGCCUUCUUGGAAAUAAUGAAGCAUGCAUGUAUUCCAGUAAUUCAAAUCCAGUUUCACAAUAUCCCAGUAAUUCAAAUCCAGUUUUACAACCAGUGAAAAAUAUCAGAAAUUAUAAUACUCCUCAAAUUCCUGUUUCUAAUACGCAAAACAGGACAGUGAUGGCCUCACAAACAUCAGUAGAAAGAAUAACAUGCACACAAUAUACUGGACCCAGACAACCAAAUCAUAAUUUGCAAGUGUCUUCAGGAGUUUCGCAAAAUGUAUGGUUGAAUUCAUCAACGAGGAAUUCCAUGCCUUCUCAURUAGAGGCAACUAUAUGUCAUCAGGCUGAUGUUGGAACUAAUAUGUCUAAUGCUCAUGCACUACAGAGUCAACUUGUAUCAUCAGAUAGGUAUUCUUUGCAACUACAAAUGAACACUUCAAAUUCUAUAAGAGCUCCUGUAACUUUUCAAGGAGAUCAGGGACUUAGCCAAUCACUAUCAGAUCGACAGGUUGAUUGGGUGCAACAGUAUACAUCAAAUGAACAGACUUAUCGUGAUUAUAGACGACCUCCAAAGCAAUACUCUUAUUCACCACAAAGAUUUUUACAAGAGCCAGCUGUUCAGAAACAAAACAUUGUGCCACAAAGCUUUUUGCAAGAGCCAGCUGUUCAGAAACAAAACAUUAAGCCACAAAGCUUUUUGCAAGAGCCAGCUGUUCAGAAACAAAACAUUGCACCACAAAGCUAUUUACAAGAGCCAGCUGUUCAGAAACAAAACAUGCUAUCUACAUCAUCUCAAGUUAAAAAUUGUCAGCUUCCAACCUUAAUGCACGUUUUACAGUCAUCACAGACUCUGCCUGUGUCCUCAUGUCAAUACCCUACACAAACAAACAAAAGACCCCCUCCUCUUCUUCCUUACCCUUCCGGAAAUGGAAGCCAGCCUUUGCCAAAUUCUCAACAUGUUAUAAAAAACUUGCCUACGGAAGUUCCUCAGAGUCCUGAAGUGUACUCAUCUGAACUAAAAGACUCAACUAAAGGCUUUCAUCAGCCCUGGCCAAACAGUAGUGAAAAUUUUCACACAAUUGGAAAUUUCUGUGAUUUGAAAGUACAUACUAAUAUCGAACAGCCUUUUAAUGAACCAGUUAGAUCUUCUGUGGAUAGUAUUCAGAUUCCUGCUCAAAAUAAUCAAGAGAAAAGAAUGGAGUCCUGCAAUCCAGCUUCAAAUCGGGUACUAGACACGAAAGAAAAGUUAGUGAGAGAUAUUAAGUCAUUGGUAGAAAUUAAAAAGAAGUUUUCAGAACUUUCAAGGAAAAUUAGAAUUAAUAAAAAUCUUCUAAUGGGAUAUAGGAAAACAGCAAAUAGCUCUUGUAGUGAACCAGCUCAGCCUUCUGAAUUCUCAACCCAAGGAAUAUCUGCUAAAAGUGACAGUCACUGUUCCAUGGAAUUGCUAACAACAUGUCUUAAUCUUUGGAAGAAGACACCAACAACAGCAACAGAAGAAGCUUCAAAACCUUCAAAGGAAAAGCAGUGUAAUGAAUUAAAAACAACUGCGCAUGGAAUUUCAAUGACUACAGAGGGUGAUGAGAAGGGGUUUUGUUCAGUUGAAGGAAAUUCUCAGAAUAAAAGGGCAGAGUCAUCCCAGGAAACAACCUUGACAAUGAUAACACAAAAUUAUGACUCUUCUGGUGCAAAUGUAACCAAGGGGACAGAACUUCAGAUUGCUAUUGUGUCACCCUUGAUUCUUUCAAAUGUCAGAUCAUUGCCUCACAAAAGAAUGACACCUGAAGCUUUACCUGAACUGGUGUAUCCAGUUAUCAAAGAAGGUAGUAUUUGUAGCUUACAAAGUCAAAUGGAAAAAAAUAAAAUAGUGGAUGCUUCAGUGAACGUCAAUGUUAACAGUCCAGUAGCCAAUACUACAAUAUCAACCAAUGCUUUUCCACUAACUCAGAAGGAAAAGCCAACUAGUGGUAAUUCAGAACACAUGCCUAAUACCAGUCAAAGAAAGCACUGUCCUCUGGAUGAUCAGCAAGCCUCAUAUAAAUCAAACAGCAUUUCUGCUGAGAGUGAUGAUAUAUUACUGAUUGAAAAUAUUUGUUCUCUUGUUGAAGGCGAUGUAACUUAUAAUUCUCAAAUAGCAAAGAUAUUCAACUCUUCCCCUUUGGAAAAGAUCGACCCACAGAAACUCUCUUCAUCCUAUCAGCAAGUGAUUAAUAGCAGUCAACAAAAAGAGCAAGUAGAUAAUACCACUACAAAUAAGGACCUUGGUUUUCAAAGAGAUGAAUGUGUGCUGUGCACAGAUGUUCCUCAUGAAACAGUUGAUCAUUCCGAGUCACUGGAACCUCCAGGGUCGUUAUCUUUUAAGUAUAUUGAAACAAACAGAGGAAUUCCAGAGGAAAGCAAUUUAGAACAAACCAUUGGAAAGGAAAGCACAGGUGAAGAUGUACAUUGUUCACCCCCCACAAUUCAGCAGAGUAUUUACCCUCAAGAAAUCAAGGCAGCCAGUGAUGUCACUACCCAAGAUCCUGCAAGAAAGGAGAUUCAUGAUGAUGACACACCUGUGUUUUAUCUACAUGACCAGCUCUCAGAACUUCUAAAAGAGUUUCCCUAUGGCAUUGAAGCUGUGAACUUAUGUGAAAAGUCUGGGGGCCAAAAAGUGACAGGUCAAAUCUCACAAGAUCAAACUGGCGAUAAAACCAUUUGUGAUUCUAAGGACUCCACAGACCAAAUACAAAUUACCAUAUUAAGCUCAGAAAAAAUGAAAGAAUUAUUUCCCGAAGAUGGUGACCCCUGUGAUGUAGACACAGAGGAAGCCUGUGAGGUAGAUAGGUUGGCAGAAUCUCAGACAGAGAAGCCUAUAGCAGAAAGGAGCCUGUCUUACCCACAAGCAACUACCUCAGAAGCCAGUUGUGAUUCUGUAACAUGGGAACCAGAAAAGGACAAAAUCCAUUGCUGUGCAUUGGGUUGGCUCACAACGGUCUAUGAAGGAGUGCCUCAAUGCCAGUGUGAUUCCAUCAAGAGUUCCACCCCAGAGGAAGAGAAAGGGAAGGAUCACUGUUCUCCUUUGGAGACCAAGAGUUGUAAACAAGGAGAGACAACCUCAGAGAGUGAUAUCACUAUCCUUGAAUAUAAUGUUUCAGAUAAUCCAAAGACAACUCUUACUCUGGUGGCUGAGAAAAAAAAUUUCCCUGAAAUAUGUGGUGACAGUAUAAAAAACACAUCUGAAACAAAGAACUGCUCACUAAGGACAGAACAGGAAUUACCUGGUCAGUUCUCUAAAUGUGAUGGCGAUAAAAAGGACACAUCUAAAGCGAAACAGGACAGCUCCCUAAAAGAAAAAGAAUUGAAUUGUCARUUUUCACCAAAAGGCAACAAACUAGAUGGCUUGCAAAGUAAUACAAGAAAAAGAAAAUUGAAAUUUCAUGAAGUGUCUUUUCACUUGACUAAUAAAAUGACAAUGGUUUGUGAAGAAGCUUCCCAGGUAAACCAGCAGGAGAAACACAUACCACAGAACUCUCGUCCACUCCAAGUGAAAACUAAAGAGCUACAUAGGAGGAAUGGUUCUUUGGGACAUUUAUUAUCACCAGAAAAGAAAAAAUUUAAGUUUAGGGUAGGUAGCUCCAAACAAAGACAUACAGAAGAAAGAAAGUUAGACCAAGGGAACAUACUGGAUGGGGAGAUAAACAAGGAAAAAUCUGAUAAACAGGAACAGAAGAAAAAUGUGGGAGGURCACUCAAAUUCUGUAAUAUUUUGUCAAACCCUAACGAGAGAGAUAGUGUUAAAGAAAACACAAAGUCCUCAGACUUGAAGCAUAAUUCAUCUAAGAAAAUCAUAACACCGCAGGAAUAUUUACAAAGGCAGAAGCAUAAAGAAUGGAUGGCCAACAAAACAUCAGAGAAGACAUGUGUUAACAAUGUACCACAUGAUUCUGAUGGGAGGCCCAGUCAGCUUCCUGUGCAGAUGGGGAACUCUGGGAAACCAAAUGAGAAACCAGGCAGCAGUACAGAGGCUUCUAAAGAACCAGCAAAUGUGUUGACCAGCAAUGUUAAAAGCCUCAAACUCCACCAUUCUGAGAAGUCUAAGAAUGACAAUUCAAGGAAUGUUAAAGGAAGAGCUGAGCACAUGCUGCCUGACAAAGUGUGUACUGAUAAAACCAAAGCCGACCAAAAAUCCACCAAUACAAGUAGUGAAGUUGAAUUCCACCAAAUGCCUCCCCAAGCAAACAAGCAAAGAAAAUUGUAUCUGAACAGAGUUGCGUUUAAGUGCACGGAACAGAAAAGCAUUUGUCUCACCCAGUAUGACAGUUCACCACCCCCAAAGCUUCAGAAAGACAAAGAGCAGGAAAAGAACCCUCAGAACUCUUCUCCUGUGAAAGACACCACAGUAAAACCAAGCAUGUUAGAGUUUAAAUUAUGUCCAGAUGUACUGUUAAAGAAUGAAAACUCUGUCAAAAAAGGGAAUGAUCAGAAGCCUCAUUCUAAGGAGCAAGAGCAAGCCCCGGUGCAAGUUUCAGGAAUAAAAAGUACAAAAGAAGAUUGGAUAAAAUGUGUAACUGUGAAGAAAAGGAAGCAGGAAACCAGCCAAGAAACAGCAAACGGAAGUGAUAGCAAGAAGUUCAAAGGUGACAGCAAGAGUGCCAGUGUCCAGUCCCCUGUGAUCCACAUCAACAAGCUGCCCAACGAAGUCACCAAGGGCGAGGUACUCUCCCCAAACCGAGCACAAGCUGAAGUGGCCCUGCAGUCUGGGAACCCUGUCCAUUCGGUGAACCUGACCUCAGCCACAGCUGUGGAUGCAAGGAUGACAAUAGCUGGGCACAGCCCUGUGCUCAGGAUCAUCAUAGAGAACAUCUUCUUCCCUGUGACCCUGGAUGUAUUGCACCAGACUUUCUCCAAGUUCGGCACAGUCCUGAAAAUCAUCAAGUUCAUCAGCAACAACCAAUCCCAGGCAUUACUGCAGUACGCAGAUCCUGUGAGCGCCCAGCAAGCCAAGCUGUCACUGCACAGGCAGAACAUCCUUGAUGGCUACUGCACACUACACAUCUACUUCUCCAAAAUCACCAACCUCAAGGUCAAGUACAACAACGACAAAAGCCAUGACUACACACGCCCAGACCUGCCCUCUGGGGACAGCCACCCUCCACAGGAACAGACUCCAACCUUUGCAAUUCCUCAAGCCGUGGUUCUUUCUGAUCCUAAUGUGCAUAUAGCCCCAGCCCUGUUGCCCACCCCAAGCCUGGCAGGGCCUGSGAACUCCAUUCUGCUGGCCAGCAACCUCAAUCCCAAAAGAGUCAGACUCCAAAACCUCUUUAUUCUUUUCGGCCUCUAUGGUGAUGUGCAGCGGAUAAAGAUGUUCUUCAACAAGGAGAAUGCACUUGUGCAGAUGACAGAUGGGAACCAGGCCCUGCUGGCUAUGAAGCACCUGAACGGGUUAAAGCUGCAUAGGAAGCCCAUCAACAUCAUGCUAUCCAAGCAUCAGAGCUUAGAUCUGCCUCACGAGGUACAGGAGGGCCAGGGCCUCACCAAGGACUUCAGCAACUCUCCACUGCACCGCUUUAAGAAGCCCGACUCCAGAUCCCUCCAGAACAUCUUCCCGCCCUCCGCCACCUUGUUCCUCUCCAACAUCCCACCUUCCCUAACAGAGGAAAACCUCAAGGUCCUGUUCUCCAGCACUGGGGGCGUGGUCAAGAGGUUCCAGUUCUUCAAAAGGAACCGUAAGCUGGCGCUGAUCCAGAUGGGCUCCGUGGAGGAGGCAGUGCACGCGCUCAUCAACCUGCACAAUAUUUACCUGGGCAAGAAGCACCAUCUGUGGGUCUCUUUUUCCAAGUUCACGUCUUUGUCUGGGCUCCCUGGAGCCACUUCCAUCAUUCCAAAAAAAAGCCAUAUUAAGAAGYAGCACCUGAAGUGACCCUAACAGACCAGAGAUUUUAUUGUUCUAAAGAGAGAAGUCAGUUUACUUUUUUAAAAAAUAAACUUAAUCUAGCUCACCUUGCUGACAAAGAAACAUGAGCCAUUACUGGCUCAGGCCAUAGCUCAGUGGUGAAGGACUUGCCUAGCAUAUACAAGCACCUGUUGUCCCAGCAACACAGGAGACCAAGGCAGGAAGAUUCCAGGUUCCCGGCCACCCUCAAGGACUUGGCAAGACCCUGUCUCAAAAUAAAAAGGGCUGAGAUUAAAUGCACUCCUGCAUACACACACACAAUAAAAGUCACAUCCAUACAAAAUGUACAUUGGAUGUGGAUCUUUUGGGGUUUUUUGUUGUUGUUGUUGUUUGGUACUAGAGAUUGAACUCAGGGGCACUCGA